AUGUGCCAUCCUACCCACGCCUGCCGCCGAUUGUCAGUCCCCCAUCGAAGCAGCUCAACUCACCAUCCCGCCAGCUUUCUGGUCUCUGUAACCCGGCAUUCUUCAUUGAAGAUGAUCCAGACGCUGCACCAAGAAGACCUGCAGAGGACGGGAAGGAGGAGAAGGGCAAGAGGAGGGGAGGAACAGAUAAAUAUUCCCCAAAUCCUCACCACCCAGGACCCCAAACUUACAACCCUCACCGUCCCAGUGACCCCUUCUGUGGGUCGUCAAAGCAAAGGAGACAAAGAUAUUGGAAGGCAUCGUAGGAACAUCUGGACAAACAUUAGGAACCUGCAGUCUCAAAGUGAGGACGAUGAUGAUGAAGGAAACACCCCCGUCAGAGCGUGGCCCAGUCAGUCCAGCCUGCACAGCACAGAUGACAUACUGAGAGAACGUCCUGCGUCUUCGGCCAGUCAGACCAGCACAGUGGUCAACGAGCGUCUUCAGGAGCUGGUCCGGAUGUUUAAAGAGAGAACCGAGAAGGCAAAGGAGAAACUCAUAGACCUCGACAGCUCAGAUGAAGACAGCACCAUCACUUCUCCUCCUGAAACUUCAGCUCCUCAGCCUGUUCCUGUUCCUGCUCAGCAGGAGGAAGAGAAAGAGGCACAAGCAGGUCCUUCAGGAGAAGGAGAAGGAGGCCAUGGAGUGGAAGGUGGGGAGCAGGCUAGCCAAUGCUGCAAGGUUAAAGGCCCUCGCUGGAUAAGAGCCUGUGUGCACUACCGCUUCCCUGCCAGCAUCGACCCUUUUACCAACCUUAUGUAUGUGCUGUGGAUGUUGUUGGUCUCUCUGGCGUGGAACUGGAACGUGUGGUCCAUCCCUGUGCGCUGGGCCUUCCCUUACCAGACUCCAGACAAUAUUUACUACUGGCUGCUGACCGACUACCUGUGUGACCUCAUUUACAUCCUUGACAUCACCAUUUUCCAGCCUCGCCUGCAGUUUGUUCGCGGGGGAGACAUAGUGAGUGACAAAAAGGAGAUGAGAAAGAAUUACAUGAAAUCCAAACGAUUCAAAUUUGAUGUGGCCAGCCUUGUACCUUUGGAAAUUUUCUAUUUGAAAACUGGCGUCAACCCUCUGCUCCGCUUACCAAGGCUGCUGAAGUUCAACUCCUUCUUUGAGUUCAACGAGCGUCUGGAGGCAAUAUUGACCAAAGCCUACAUCUACAGGGUGAUUCGCACCACCACAUACCUUCUAUACUGUCUUCACUGUAAUGCCUGCCUUUACUACUGGGGCUCUGCAUUCAAAGGACUGGGAUCAACCAAGUGGGUGUACAACGGAGAGGGCAACAGUUACAUUCGCUGUUACUACUUUGCUGUGAAGACUCUGAUCACCAUUGGUGGUCUGCCAGACCCCACCACCCUGUUCGAGAUCAUCUUCCAACUCAUCAACUACUUUGUUGGAGUCUUUGCCUUCUCUAUCAUGAUUGGACAGAUGCGUGAUGUGGUUGGGGCAGCCACAGCUGGUCAGACCUACUACCGCACAUGCAUGGACAACACCAUUAAGUACAUGUACUCCUACCGCAUCCCCAAAGACGUCCAGAACCGCGUCAAGACAUGGUAUAACUACACCUGGCAAUCACAAGGCAUGCUGGAUGAGCAGGAGCUGCUCACGCAGCUGCCAGAUAAAAUGCGUCUGGACAUCGCCGUAGAUGUUAACUACUCCAUCGUCAGCAAAGUUCCACUUUUUCAGGGUUGUGACAGACAGAUGAUCUUUGAUAUGCUGAAAAGCCUUCGCUCAGUUGUCUACCUACCUGGGGAUUAUGUUUGUAAAAAGGGCGAGGUGGGUCGGGAGAUGUACAUCAUAAAGGCGGGCGAGGUGCAGGUGGUUGGAGGACCAGAUGGGAGGACAGUUUUUGUCACUCUUGGAGCAGGAUCAGUCUUUGGAGAGAUCAGUUUACUUGCAGUAGGCGGGGGUAACAGACGCACAGCAAAUGUAAUUGCUCAUGGCUUUGCCAAUCUCUUCAUCCUGGACAAGAAGGACCUGAAUGAGAUCCUGGUCCACUAUCCAGAGUCCAAGAAGCUGCUUCGCAAGAAGGCCAGGAAGAUGCUGACAACGGGAAAAAAACCUGAGCCAAAAGAGAAGCCAAAAGAUUCCCCUCAGGUCCCGGCAGCCCCUGUAAAGCCAGAGACACCCAAACUGCUGAGAGCAGCUCUGGAGAUGACUGAGAGAUCCUCUGGACUCAAAGGAGCUUUGGCUAAAGUCAAAGAGAAGACAAACAAGUCCAGUAUCUCAUUGCAGCCCUCCAUCUCCUCCUCCCUGCCUCCACCAUCUCCCACCUCCAGCUCUGGACCAGAGAGAGAUGAUGACACACCAUCGCCCGUCUUUGCCGGCUCCGCCUCAUUUCGAUCCGCUUCCUGCUGCCACAACGAUGACUCUGUUGUUCCUCACUCUGCAUCACAGAGCCACCAAGAUGCAGAGUGAAUGCUCACCGGGGACCAAAGAGAAAAGGGAGUCAAUAACGAUGAGGAUGAAGGGAACAAGUGUGGGAAGAGGAAAGGAAAGGAGUUGUGAUAAUUCUCUUAAGGACAAGGCAAGGAAGGGAAACCAGAAAAUGUUGACAGCUGCAAGGCCAUUAGAGUGAACAAAUGGUAAUAAAGUUAAAACUUCUCUAAAAGUAAAUGGACAAAUUCACAACGCUGAAAGUACUCGCCAGAUAUCUACAGAAUGAUUCAAGUCGAGGGAGAAGACGUGUUGUAAAUUAACAUGUCCACAAACUGUCAUGGCUUGGUGUUAACCUGAUCUCCUCAAGUUGUGAAAUUUGCAGAAUUUAAAACGUAGUUCAGUAUCCACCCUGACUCAUGAAAAAAAAGCUCUACCGUUAUAUACAUAAUAAUAAUAAAACAGCAUACUGUCUUCAAUAUGCUGUGCUUUUGUGAUGUGACCUGUACUUACACUCUAUCUCAAGGGCUGUGUUUUACAUGAGAACAGCUACAGCUUAUGGACUUCACUGUGUCUGCUUUUUGAGCUGUACGGCUGGAAAGUACCGCUUCGUUCUCCCAUUGCUUUGCUGCUUUUUACAUCCACGUCCGUGUUCAUCUUCACUAAUCAUUCGUCAUUAUAAGAUCAUCUAAUGGAGGAGCAAUCAAUUCCAGGCCUGGUAACCACAACAGAUUCAAGCCUAAUUCCAAUCUUCACUGAGUAUACAUCAGUGCUUUCACUGUGGUGACCAUGAGCAUUGAAACCUGUGUGGGGUGGCACACUGAAGGCAUAAUGGCUAACUCUGUAGUUUCUACUAAACUGACCCAUAACUUUUUUUCUAAACACUCCAACACUGUUUUUGCUGUUGUUGUCUGCUAACCGUUUACAGAUUAUUUAGAAAACUUAAAAGUUGCCUUAUAUGUUUUGUCCCUGCUUUACUGUGUGUGUUGUGUGAGUAGCUUGCACUGUUGAUGGUUUUACAAUUACUUAAAAAAAUAUUAAAAUUACAGACCUGGUAGCACUUUUUUAGGUUGUAAAAACAUCAUCGUCGCUACUUCCACCCAGAUGUGAGACAGACCAAGCACAGUAUCGUUUAUAUUGUGUUAUAUACAUUUUCAGUCUGUCUUUGGCCAUCACUUCUUUAAACAAGCUCAAACGUCAUCUAGCCUCUUAUUACCUCAAAAGUGGAUUUCACAUGCUUAUACAUGCUUAUAAUCUUACUUACUAACAUUUAGCCAUGUAUACAUGUAAUACUAUUACUGUCAUAUACAUUUUACAACCGAUUAAUGUUUUUAUUUUGUACAAUGUAAAUAUAUUUGGUUUUUAAAUCUAGAUAAUUUUCAGGUAAAAUCGCUGUUGUCUCUGCAGUUGUACAUGCAGUCUAAUAAUGUAAAAUAUUUCAUUUGUGCUGUAAAUGUGUCCAGGAUUCAGUAGUCAUUUUAGAUUUAUCAUUUUUAUAUUGAUGAAUUAAAAAAUGAAUACAGCCUCAGAAAAUGGGCCCGCAAACCGGCUAACCAUACUGCCAGACAAUCUAGAAGUUAUAAGUAUUGUGUGUGUGUGUGUGUGUGUGUGUGUGUGUGUGUGUGUGUGUGUGUGUGUCCAAGUUUGUUUUGAGAAAUUAGUGCUUAUAAAGGACUCAAUAAAUGUGUAUUUAUGUGAAUAUAAUCUUGAAUUUGUCCCUGAUGUAGCUGUCUUUUUGUGACAUUUUGUUCAAAUAAAUGA